AUGAAAGCUGGUGUUUUCCCUUUAAAUUCAAAAUCUAUAGAUCGUUCACGUGUUAUAAAAAAUGUUACAUCUAAUAAGGAUUCAUCUGCAAAUGUUCUUACCAAUAAUAACCAAACGAAUGGUUCAUCUUCGGUCAUCGUUGUUGAAAUUUCUGAUGACGAUAGUUUUAUUGACAACAACUAUCCUCGAAUGCAUAGUACUACGGCUUCGUCUCGACCUGGCUUUUCUUCAUUCGCCUCUUCUCGAGAUGCUAUUACUGCUCUUGAUCAAGUUUUGGAAGAUACAAUUAGUAAUAAUAGUAGUCAUAAUGCUGAUGAUGACACCGAUGAAGACAAAGAUUGCGUUCCUAAUCAAUAUAUCAAUAGUUUUUCAAUCAAGAUGUCAUCUACGAAGAAACAAACGCCUUCAGAUGAAGGAUCAUCAACAAAUAAACACCGUCAAUUGCCAUCAAAAAAUAUAAAUUUUGAUUCCUCCGAUGAAGAUAAUGAUAUUAUGAGAAAUCUAUCACUUGAGGUAUCUCAAAAAUCAGUCGAAGUUGUAAAACAACCCCCAGCUGAAAAUUCAUCCAGAGUGAAACAACCAAAAUCAAUUUUGUCACGAAAAAACAAUAAACGUAAACGAGUGGGAUUACAAGUAAUCGGUUUCAAUACAUCUGAUGAAGAAGAUGCACAAACUAAGCAAUCACAACAAUCACUUAAAGCAAUAACUGAUACUUUGCAAGCUGUUUUUGCACCAUCAUUACAACAAAAAGCAAUCAAACCUACAAAACGAACGAUGCUCAAGCGACCUAGUGGACAAAUAAUGACAGAAGAAGAUGUCAUCAAACAGCUUGAAGAAAAGAAAAAAGAAAAAAUUUCUAAACAAUCACGUUCAACUGCUCGAAGAUCCAAUGGUGCAAAACGACGUAAAUCAGAAACACACGGUACGAUGCGAUAA